AUGUCUGCUCCAGGCGGGGCCCCGAGCCCUGCGCCCCGAAGUGGAAGCAUGGGGCCCGGUGGUGGAAUGUCAAUGCCUCCUCAACAGUCAAUGGGUGCAACUACCCCAGUUGCGCCGACGCCGGGUCCUCCUCCACCUCCUCCCAGUGGCGCGAUGUCCCAGCAGAAUUUGAAUCAGAUAGUCAUUGACUACUUGGCCAAGAAGGGCUAUAGUCGUACUGAGGCCAUGCUCCGCAUGGAAUCGGCAAAUCAAGAGAUAGAUGGUCGCCCUUUACCUCCUCUUGGAGAAGAUGCACGUCCCAAGUACAGACUUGGUUUCGACCUGCUCAAAGUCUGGGUUGAAGACAAUCUGGAUUUAUAUAAGCCGGAGCUUAGACGCGUUCUUUGGCCGCUCUUUGUUUAUUCUUUCCUCAAUAUGGUCACAUCUUUCUAUCCUCAAGAUGCGAAACAAUUCUUCGAUAUUAACAAGAACCUUUUUCUGCCUGAACACACUGAAGAUGUCCGCGCUUUGGAGCCAAUCGCUCUUCCGGAGCAUGUUCAAGACAAUUCGACUGCGAAGCUCUAUCGUGGGAACAAAUAUCGCAUUGUUCUAAGCAACCCGGCGUUCUCGAACCUUAUGCAAUUCCUCGAGAGCAAGCAAAAGGAGGGUGGUUCCGUCAUGUCUGCCAUUCUGAGCAGCUACUGCACUAUUAUAACCAAGGAACGUGCCGUCGACGACAGGUUCAGCUUCGCCGCCAUGCUGGGGCAAGCUGGCGCGGGCCAGACGUUCCCUACUGAAGAUGAGGGUAUACCUGGGCAUCACCCUGGCUCUGCCUAUACAGGUGAUAACCCCGCCAUGGCUGGAACAUUGCCCAGGCUCAGACUCGGAAAGCUCCCAAUGGAGCAGACCCUCGAAGCCGAUGUGAGAGGCGAGCUUGCGGAUGAAGACGUCAAAAACCCACCGGCCCCAGGCCAGAAUACUCUCCUGCAAGAGUUUGAUCAGAUGAUCAAAAAGGAGGAGGACGAUGAAGCUCCUACUCGCGCUGAUAUUCCUUAUCCACCAUCAACUGCUCGUGACGUUGCCAUGGAGGUUCAGAAGGUUAAAGAGAACCGCGAUAGAUUUCGGAUCGAAGGAAGAACCGGUGGUGUUGGGCCGGCUGUCAGUGUUUGCAUGUUUACUUUCCACAAUACUUAUGACGGUAUUAACUGCCUUGACUUUUCCGAUGACAAUAUGCUCGUUGCAGCUGGUAUGCAAGAGUCAUAUAUUCGGGUCUGGAGUUUGGAUGGAAAGCGGAUCCCAUCGACCUACGAGAGUGUGGACGAUACACAACCAUCGAAUUCUCGCCGCCUGGUUGGGCAUUCGGGGCCAGUGUAUGCUGUGGCAUUCGCUCCGUCUAUAACACGUACGGAGAAUGCCAUAGCACCGACGAAUGCUCGCUGGCUUCUCUCGUCUUCAGCAGACAAGACAAUCAGGCUUUGGUCGUUGGAUCUAUGGCAGUGCAUGGUCGUCUAUAAGGGACAUGAUCAACCCGUCUGGGACCUUCAGUGGGGUCCCUAUGGCCACUACUUCGCCACCGGAGGCCAUGACAAAACUGCUCGUCUCUGGGUAACGGACCAUAUCCGCCAGCAACGUAUUUUUGUUGGACACGACCAAGAUGUCGACUGUAUUUGCUUCCACCCGAACUCGGCCUAUGUCUUCACUGGAAGCUCAGACCAUACGGUACGCAUGUGGGCUGUGACUACGGGAAAUGCUGUCCGUAUGUUCACCGGCCACACCGGUAACAUCACGGCAUUGGCAUGCAGCCGAGACGGCAGGCUCCUUGCUUCCGCAGAUGACCACGGAUCCAUCCUUCUGUGGGAUCUCGCACCCGGAAGGCUCUUGAAGCGCAUGCGUGGCCAUGGAAAGGGCGGUAUCUGGUCUUUAAGCUGGAGCGUGGAGUCGACCGUUUUAGUGUCCGGUGGCGCUGACGGGACCGUCCGCGUAUGGGAUGUCACAGGCCCCGCACAAGACUCAACACAAGGACGUGUAGUUGGAGAAGGCGGCGCAGGAACCAAGGUCGAUGGAGGCAAUGCUCCCGCCUCCGGCACCCAGGCUUCAAGCUCAGUUGCUCCCAAGAAGAAAGGUAAAGACGUGGUCGUCUCUCCGGACCAAAUCAGUGCCUUCCCAACUAAGAAGAGCCCUGUCUAUAAGGUGAAAUUCACCAACAUGAAUCUGAUCAUUGCUGGAGGCGCUUAUCUUCCUUAA